AUGGAAACUAUAUUUGGAAUACACCAUGACACAGCUAGUCUAAGAGAAAAAAAUGACAUGAUUCAAAAAUCUAAAAAUAAAGGAAUUAUUCUUAAUGUUAGUAGUAGCAACAGCAUUGAUAAUAAUCCUACUAGCAUUAUUAUUAACAAUGAAAAGGGUGAAGUUAAAAAACUAUCAGUUAAUAAAUCUUUGGACGACCUCAUUAAUAACAAAAAUGCAACAAAUGCAACAAUUGCAACUGCAACAACACUUAAAUCACUUUUACGUUUUGUUAAAUCACCAACUCUUUCUCCUCAUAGUACACCUCCAACAUCAGUGCCUGGUACACCUUUUGAAGAAAUAAGUUUGGAUAAAUUGAUGCUAGGAAGUUAUUCAACUAAAUAA